AUGGCCAUGAUGAAGAAAAAAUUGCAAGGACUCGUGGCUGCAACCAUCACACCGAUGACUGAGAAUGGAGAGAUCAACUUAUCAGUAAUUGGUCAAUAUGUGGACUAUCUUGUGGAAGAGCAAGGAGUGAAGAGCAUUUUUGUGAAUGGCACAACGGGAGAAGGCCUGUCCCUGAGCAUCUUGGAGCGUCGCCAGAUUGCAGAAGAGUGGGUGACAAAAGGGAAGAACAAGUUGGAUCAUGUGGUGAUUCAUGUAGGAGCAAUGAGUUUGAAAGAGUCACAAGAACUGGCCAAACAUGCAGCAGACAUAGGAGCUGAUGGCAUUGCUGUCAUCGCGCCUUUCUUUCUCAAGCCGUGGAACAAAGAGGCCCUGGUUAGUUUCCUAAAGGAAGUGGCGGCAGUGGCUCCUACACUGCCAUUUUAUUACUACCACAUUCCUGCCUUGACUGGGGUGAAGAUUCGAGCUGAGGAAUUGUUGGAUGGAAUUCAAGAUAAGAUCCCCACCUUUCAAGGGCUGAAAUUCAGUGACACAGAUCUCUUAGACUUCGGGCAGUGUAUUGAUCAGAAUCACCAGCGGCAGUUUGCAUUCCUUUUUGGAGUAGAUGAGCAAUUGUUGAGUGCUCUGGUGAUGGGAGCGACUGGAGCAGUGGGCAGUACCUAUAACUACCUGGGGAAGAAGACAAACCAGAUGUUAGAAGCUUUUGAAAAGAAGGACUAUUCUUCUGCUCUGAAUCAUCAGUUUUGUAUCCAGAGAUUUAUAAACUUUGUGAUCAAAUUGGGUUUUGGAGUGUCACAGACCAAAGCCAUCAUGACUCUCGUCUCUGGGAUUCCAAUGGGCCCACCCCGACUUCCUCUGCAGAAAGCCUCCAGAGAGUUUACUGAUAAGGCUGAAGCUAAACUGAAGAGCCUGGAUUUCCUUCCUUUCAAUGAUUUAAAGGAUAGAAAUUUGGAAGCUUGUAGCUAG